AUGAAGACCCAGUGGAAAGACAUCCCCGUUGUGCCUACGAGCCAGGAGUUUCUGGACAUUGUUUUGUCCAGGACCCAGAGGCGUCUCCCUACGCAGAUUCGUGCAGGCUUCAAGAUCAGCCGUAUCCGAGCCUUCUACACACGUAAGGUCAAGUACACGUCCGAGACCUUCACCGAACGCCUCUCGCAAACGAUCGAGGCCUUCCCUCGCCUGCAGGAUAUUCACCCAUUCCACCGCGACUUGCUCAACACCCUCUACGAUGCAGACCACUUCCGCAUUGCCCUUGGUCAACUGUCGACUGCCAAGUCCCUGAUCGAGACUGUUGCCCGUGACUAUGUCCGUCUCCUGAAGUACGGACAAUCGCUGUUCCAGUGCAAGCAGCUGAAGAAGGCGGCCCUGGGUCGCAUGGCCACCAUCUGCAAGAGGCUCAAGGACCCGCUUGUCUACCUCGAGCAGGUCAGGCAACAUUUGGGCCGUCUCCCCUCGAUCGACCCCAACACGCGCACACUCGUCAUCUCUGGUUUCCCCAACGUUGGCAAGUCUUCGUUCUUGAAGAACAUCUCGCGUGCAGAUGUUGAGGUACAGCCCUAUGCUUUCACCACCAAGAGUCUCUACGUUGGUCACUUCGAUUACAAGAUGCUACGAUUCCAGGCAGUCGACACACCCGGUAUUCUCGACCACGCCCUCGAGGAUAUGAACACUAUUGAGCACCAGUCUAUCUGUGCCAUUGCUCAUCUCCGCGCCCACAUCCUAUACUUCAUGGAUCUUAGUGAGCAGUGCGGUUACUCCGUUGCCUCGCAGAUUGCUCUCUUCAACAACAUCAAGCCGCUGUUCGCAAACAAGCUGAUUUCCAUUGUCAUCAACAAGAUCGAUCUUAUGCGCCCAGAUCAGUUGGACGCCGAGACACAAGAGCAGCUCCAGGGCAUGCUAAAGUCUGGUGAAGUAGAGAUGCUGGAGCUCUCGUGCAACACCAUGGAGGGUGUCAUGGCAGUGCGCAACUCUGUCUGCGACCGUUUGAUUGCUGCCCGUAACGCAGAGAAGCUCAAGGCUGGCACCAACAGCGCUGGUGAGCCGUCUGGCCGUCUUGGAGAGCUGCUUCGCCGUAUUCACGUUGCUCAACCCCUGGGUGGUGUUACCCGUGAGACUUCCAUUCCGGAGGCAGCUCUCAACCGGAAGAAGUACGACAAGGAGGACCCGGAGAGGAUUCUCCUUGAGCGCGAUCUGGAGGAGCAGGAUGGUGGAGCUGGUGUCUACAACAUCGACCUCCGCAAGAACUACAUGCUCGAGAACGAUGAGUGGAAACACGACCGCAUUCCUGAGGUGUUCAAGGGCCAGAACGUCUACGACUUCAUUGACCCCGACAUCGAGGCCAAGCUCGAGGCCCUCGAGGCUGAGGAGGAGAAGCUCGAGGCUGAGGGCUACUACGACUCAGAAGAGGACCUCGAGGAUGCUGAAGAGGCAGACAUCAGGUACAAAGCAGAGCUUAUCCGCGAGAAGAGGCAACUCAUCCGCAACGAGGCAAAGAUGCGCAAGAGUCUCAAGAACAGAGCUGUCAUUCCCAGGACAGCGAAGGCUGUCAAGCUUUCGAAGAUGGAGUCUCACCUCGAGAGCCUUGGCCACGACACAUCAAAGAUUGCAGCUCGUGCGGAAGAGGCUCGUGGACGCAGCAGGUCUCGUGCUGCAGCAGCUGACGGCGAUGCUAUGGAGAUUGACAAGCCCAUGAACGCCAUCGAGAGGGCCAAGAUGAGGGGACGUAGCCAGAGCACCAACAGGAGGACAGAUGGUGUUCCGAGCGAAGAGGCUGCCUCGAAGGCGGAGAAGUUGGCCAAGCUAUCGCAGAAGAAGAUGAACAGAAUGGCCAGGCAGGGUGAGGGUGACAGGCAUCAGACCGGAUCUCUGAUCAAGCAUUUGACUGCUGGAAAACGUGGUAUCGGAAAGACAGCCAGGCGAUGA